UACAACACGGAAACGAGCAAAAUGACGAAGAACGACCUGGGAUUGGCCUUCAGCUACCAGGACGUUGGUUUCCACUUCCGAUGCACCUCGAUACCGUACGAGUACGGACUUUCCCUCUUGUACAAAGUAAACUCGGAUUGGGACGCGGCAAUCAACGGUAUUCUAGCUAGAAGCGGUGGAAUCCAGAAAUGGACGCUAGGCGCCGCGGCGAAAUGUAACAUCGACGAAGGAUCGACGUUCCGUUGUAAAUUCAACACCGAUCUUCAACUGGGUUUGAGCUUGCAGCAGAAACUCGACGAGAACGCCACGUUAAGUUUGUCAUUUAACAUCGAUUGUGCCAAUGUGACGAGAGGCGGUCACAAAGUCGGCUUGGCUUUCGAAAUCGAAGCGUGAACAACCAAUUGUCGACGUUUCGAAUUGUCUUUAGUAAGAACGCUCUUUGAUGUCUAUUUUUUUCUUUCAUUUUAUUUUUUCCAACUUUUUGGAGUCCGCUUGUUUCUCGCCUAUGUAUUGUGACUGUUCGUAUUAAACGUCCGAUAUUGUUAUUAAAGUAGCACUUUCACUUUAACUGUGUUGCAAUUUAUUCGAACUUUCAGAUACUUUGUUUUAUCAUUUAAAGUCGUAACAACUCGUAGAAUUAUUAACCUUUACUAUCUUUUUUUUUUUUAUUAAAACAACGUGCGCGUAUAUUCUCGUUUUUACCAGAAACUCGAGUACGCCGAGGCUUUUAGCA